AUGGUAUUCAAUAAGAAGGUGAGUGUUAUUUUUUCUCCAUACCAUCUUGGUCAUCGUGAUUACAGAGUUGGCAAUGGACCAAAUCGAAUCAAGAAGCUAGGUAUUUUAGAUGAGUUGAAGACUUUAAAAUUGGAUAUUGAACUAGUGGAAAUUGAAAGAGUUGACGAGUUUGAAGGUGAAAUUGGUAUGAGUUUUGAAAUUUUGAGAAGAAUAUCAAAGGUAGUUGCAAAGUGCGUUUCAGAAGACCGAUUCCCGUUGGUUUUAGCUGGUAACUGUAUGUCAACGAUUGCUAUUGCCUGUGCUAUGAGAGAAAGGGAUUUUGGAUUUGUCUACUUCGAUGCUCAUGACGAUUUCGAAUCACCAGAUGACAACGAAAACGGUUAUUUUGAUGCCAUGGGUUUAUCAAUGCUACACGGUGAUAGCUGGAAGUAUCAUACUUCCACUAUACCAGGCUAUAAGCCAUUAUCAUAUGACAGGUUUCUUUAUGUUGGUUUACGUGAUCAAUCCAGCGCUCAACGUCAAAAUGUUAUAAAUGCUGGAAUGGACUUUAUAUUAGGUAGUUCAACAGAAAAAGUUGACUUCAAUUUGGAGCUUAAACAAAAAUUGAAAGAGAAAAAUUACUCACCAGCUUUGGUUCAUCUUGAUCUAGAUGUCUUGGAUGAAAGUUGUGGUAAGGUUAAUGAUUACCCUUCUGCGGGAGGGCUCUUUGAAGAUGAAUUAUUCGCUUGUAUGAAGACUGUAAGUUUGUCUGCUAGACCUUUAUCACUUACUGUUUGCUCAUUUGAUCCUAAUGCAGGUGAUGGUGACAAAAUCGCCUCUAUUGGUAUCAAGGCCAUUAUGACAUUCUUUGAGACUCUUAUUGAUAAUUCAAAUAUAGAGUGA